GUUGACAAGUGUGUGCACAUAAACUGACCCAAGUCAGUCGGCUACAAAAAAAAUCAUCGUUUUGCGUGAAUCGUUUUGUUUUGUGUUAUUAUUUAAAUUUUGUCCAUCGAAAAUGCCAGCCGACAUAAAUCGUCUAACGGAUGGUUGGCUUGAAUUAGAAAGUGAUCCAGGUCUAUUUACAUUAUUGCUUGAAGAUUUUGGUGUAAAAGGUGUUCAAGUUGAGGAAAUCUACGAUUUACACAAAAUAAUUGAAGGACCGGUUUAUGGAUUUAUAUUCUUGUUUCGUUGGACGGAAGAAAGGAGAGCACGUCGAAAAGUUGUUGAAAAUGUAGCGGAAAUUUUUGUGAAAGACGAAGAAAAAGUGAAUAGUAUUUUCUUUGCACAACAAGUUGUUCCAAACAGUUGUGCAACACACGCGCUAUUAUCGGUUUUAUUAAAUUGUCCCGAUUUGCAUUUGGGCGAAACAUUGAGUCGACUGAAAACACACACGAAAGGCAUGAGUCCCGAAAAUAAAGGUUGGGCAAUUGGAAAUACGCCCGAAUUAGCAUGUGCCCAUAAUUCGCAUGCAAUGUCACAGGCAAAACGGCGUUUAGACAAAAGUAGUGGCAUAAGUACGGGACGGUUUACAGGCGAAGCAUUUCAUUUUGUUAGCUUUGUACCGAUCGAUGGUCAUUUAUUUGAAUUAGAUGGUUUGAAGCCAUUUCCAAUGAAUCAUGGCCCAUGGAAAGAUGCCGAAGAUUGGACGGAUAAAUUUCGUUGCACGAUGGAAGAACGUCUGGGCAUUUCAACCGGUGAACAAGAUAUUCGAUUUAAUUUAAUGGCUGUUGUACCUGAUCGAAGAAUUGCAAUUACACACAAAUUGAAAAUGCUACGAACAAAUAAGACUAUCGUAACGGCUGCAUUAGAGAAAUUAAUUACAGCCAAAUCACCGCAUUUGGCCGCAUCAACGAGUAGUAGUGUUGAGGUGAAAAGGGAACCCAACGAUUCGGAUGGAAUAAAAAAAGAGAAUAAAGUGAUGCCUUUGGAUGUGGUGAAAAAAGAAAAUGACAUUCAAGAUAGUGACAAAAAACCCGAUUCAUCUGAAAUGAAUAUUCUGCAACGACUUUCACUUCACAGUGAUCCAACGAGUGGCCAAGAAACAUCAGCAUUAGAUGAAACUGUGACAGAAGAAACACCACUGUCGCCGAAACAAUCAUUAGAUAAUGCAUUUACAAUAAAAGAUCUGAGUUCGUUGCUGAAAAAUCUUGAAGCGGAAAUCGCAUUGAACGAACAACAUCUAAAUGAUGAAAAUGAUAAACGAUACAUGUUUAAAGUCGAUGAUUGUCGCCGAACUCACAACUAUGAUGAAUUUAUUUGCACAUUUUUGUCAAUGAUUGCGCAACGUGGUAUCUUAGCGGAGUUAGUGUCACAACAGUUGUUGACUCCACGAAAAUCCAUAAAUAGCCUUGGUGGAAAUGGUAAUCGUGGAAAUAAAAUCUCAUACAAAAAAACCACACAAAAGUCAACUGGUGGUAAGCGUCGAAAAGGUCGCAACAAAUAUGCAAAGAAAAAGUAGUGAAAUGAAAAGAUGAAGAAAAAAAAGACUAUGUGUUCAUCUGUAUAUUUUAGUUCUAUACCAUGUUUAUUGUCAUAUACACACGAAACUCAAUUUGAAUAUUGUGUUAUUUUAAUUUGUUUGUAUUGUUCUUCAAAUGUAGUAUAUCAAUCCAACUUUUAUUUGUUUAAAUUGAUCUUA